AUCCCUCUCUCUCUCUCUCUCUCUCUCUGAUUCAAGCAAUUUCUCUCAACUUGAAAAAUGCCUUCUCCUCUUUCUCAUUUUUUCCAUCUUUUUCUUCUGUUUCUCCCUCUCUCUGUCAUCUCUCAAACUGACAAUAACAUAAAAUUAGAAUCUUCUCUUUCCACCCAAGACAAAAACCCGUCAUGGCCUUCCCCUUCCGGUGAAUUUUCCUUCGGAUUCCGUCUCCUCCCAGAAAGUAAUCUCUUCUUGCUAGCAAUCUGGUUCGACAAAAUACCUGAAAAAACGAUAGUUUGGUGGGCAAAUAGAAACAAUCCGCUAGUUGAGAAAGGAUCAAAAGUCGAGCUCACCAACGAUGGGCUCAUUCUCAAAGAUCAUCAAGACAACGUGGUGUGGCAGGCCAGGUCCAGAAAUAGUGAGACAGUCGCAUCGGCCGCCAUGCGUGAUAAUGGGAGCUUCGUGCUCAUGAGCAUGGAUUCUACUAUUACAUGGGAGAGCUUCGACCAACCGACCGACACCAUCUUACCUACACAGGUAUUGGGACUAGACAGCGAACUUCGGUCCCGUCUAACAGAGACCGACUACUCGAAGGGACGGUUCUCACUUCGUCUACAGGAAGAUAGGAAUUUGGUUCUGUAUCCCUUUGUUCUUCCCUCCGAAGAUUUCAUUUUCGAUGCUUAUUGGGCUAGCAACACGGUAGACAAAGGUUCUGAGCUGGUCUUCAAUUCAUCGGGCCACAUUCAUCUCAAGCUAAUAGAUGGAAGCUCGUAUGAUCUUGCACCAGCGAACAGAGCUCCGCUGACUAAAUUCUAUCAGAGAGCGACUUUCGAUUUUGAUGGAGUUUUCAGGCAAUACAUCAGACCAAAGUCCCAACUUACCGAUGGUGGAUGGCCCAUGUCAUGGUCUGUUCUGUGGUCCCUGCCGUCGGACAUGUGCUCCAUGAAUUUCAGAAUGGGUCCUGGUGCUUGCGGGUAUAACAGCUACUGCAAGAUGGAUGAGAAUCAACGGCCGAGUUGUCAUUGCCCGCCUGGGUAUUCCUUUCUGGAUCCAAUCAACAAAUACAAAGGGUGCGAACCAGACUUCCAACCGCAGAGUUGCAGUCAGGAUAGAUUGAAAGAAGAUCAUCAGUUCGAGAUGAAGGAGUUGAUUAACACAGAUUGGAGGGGAUCGGACUAUGAAAUCCACGACUUUGUGAAUGAAGACCGGUGUCGGGAAUUUUGCUUGAAUGAUUGUUUAUGUGUGGGGGCUAGUUUCUUUGCUGGACGUUGUUUUAAGAAGAAGUAUCCGCUCUCCCCUGGGAAGAUGGAGAGUGCUGGAAAUAAGUUUCUCAUCAAAGUAUCAAAAAAUAAUUCGGUUCUUCCACCUCCACGUGUAGAUGGAAGGAAGAAAGAUCGAUCGACUUUGAUCCUUGCAGGAUCAGUGCUUUUGGGUGGCUCGGCAUUUCUCAAUCUCAUCUUCUUGUUAGUUACUUUAUUCCUCUUUUUCAUCUCAAAUCUCAGAAAACUACCAGAAGUUGAGAAAAAUUCUAGCAUGUUGGGAAAGAAUCUGCGUUGCUUUACUUACAAAGAGCUCGAAGAAGCGACCAGCGGGUUCAAGGAAGAAUUGGGUAGUGGUGCUUUUGGUACUGUUUAUAGAGGGUCCUUAGCGCUGGGCGAUUCUGCAGAUUCCGCAACCUCUGUCGCAAUCAAGAAGCUAGAGAAGGUGGUUGAAGACGGCGAGAAGGAAUUUACAACAGAAGUGAUUGCAAUCGGACAGACCCAUCACAAGAAUCUAGUCCAACUGAUUGGAUUCUGUGAUGAGGGGCCGCACCGACUUCUGGUCUACGAGUUCAUGAGCAAUGGUUCUUUAUCAAGCUUCCUCUUCGGGAGCUUGAAACCCAAAUGGUACCAACGGUUGCAGAUUGCAUUCGGAAUUGCAAGAGGGCUAACUUACUUACAUGAAGAGUGCAGCACCCAAAUCAUACACUGUGAUAUAAAGCCUCAGAACAUACUUCUAGAUGACUAUUUCACAGCAAGGAUAUCCGACUUUGGAUUGGCGAAGCUUUUGAAGACGGAUCAGACCCGAACAAGCACGGGCAUCAGAGGGACGAGAGGGUAUGUGGCGCCUGAAUGGUUCAAGAAGAUGCCGAUCACAGCAAAGGUUGAUGUCUACAGCUUCGGCAUCAUGUUGUUGGAGAUCAUUUGCUGCAGGAAGAACGUUGAAUCAAAGGCGGGGAACGAAGAGGAAGUGAUACUGUCUGAUUGGGCUUACGAUUGCUACAGAGAAGGGAGACUGAAUCUGUUAGUGGAGAACGACCAAGAUGUGGUGAUUGACGGACGACAGAAGCUGGAGAGAUUGGUGAAAGUGGCGAUUUGGUGUAUUCAAGAAGAGCCAGGUCUAAGGCCUUCCAUGAAGAAGGUGACACAGAUGCUAGAAGGAGCGGUCGACGUUUCUGCACCUCCUGAUCCGACCACCUUUGUUAGCUCAUUAGGUUGAAUCCGAGCUGCAGCUGUUAAUCAUCAUUGUGUCAUGUCUGUAAUUUUCGAUUCAGUAAACAUUCAAAAUUGUGAUCU